CACUGCGGGCUUGUCCUAAUGGAAAUGAGCCUCUCGUGGAUGUAGCGCUGCUCAAACGCAUCAAUUGCGCUUCAGGGAGGGUUCCAAGGAAGCAGUCCGAUGGGAUUUCCCAGCUGCAGCCUGAGUCUGCUCCCAGCUGUGACUAAAUGUCUCAUUAGCGGCAUAUGGCUCGUGCCUAGAAGAUACCCAGUUCCUGCAGUCCACAGUGGUGCUGUGUACAGAGCGAGCAGGCCUGUCUCAGAGAUCAACCAGUCUAGAUGUUAUUCUUCAGGAGGAAGAAAAGGUUUUAUAUCAGGAUUUGUGGAAAACAUCAAACAAGAAUUAGCAAAAAACAAAGAGAUGAAAGAAAGUAUUAAAAAGUUCCGAGAUGAAGCUAAAAAGCUUGAGGAAUCUGAUGCACUUCGAGAAGCGAGGAGGAAAUAUAAAACCAUUGAAUCUGAAACGGUGAAGACCUCAGAAGUAAUUAAAAAGAAACUUGAAGAAAUAACUGGUACAGUUAAAGAGAGUUUGGAUGAAGUAAGUAAGAGUGAUAUUGGCCGGAAGAUAAAAGAAGGUGUGGAAGAAGCAGCAAAAACAGCAAAGCAGUCAGCAGAGUCAGUGACAAAAGGAGGAGAGAAAUUAGGCAAGACAGCAGCUUUCAAAGCUAUUUCUCAGGGAGUAGAAACUGUUAAGAAGGAAAUAGAUGAAAGUGUUUUAGGGCAGACUGGUCCUUACAAACGCCCAGAGCGUCUGCGGAAAAGAACAGAGUUCUCAGGCGAGAGGAUUAAAGAGGAGCGAAUAUUUGAAGCUAAUGAGGAGGCCAUGGGUAUGGUGCUACACAAGGACUCAAGAUGGUAUCAGCAGUGGAAAGACUUCAAGGACAACAACGUGGUCUUCAAUAGGUUCUUUGAAAUGAAAAUGAAAUACGAUGAAAGUGAUAAUGCAUUCAUUCGAGCUUCCAGAGCUGUCACAGACAAAGUCACUGACUUGAUAGGUGGAUUGUUCUCGAAGACGGAAAUGUCGGAGGUUUUGACAGAGAUACUCAAAGUGGAUCCAUCCUUUGACAAAGAUCGUUUUUUAAAGCAAUGUGAACGUGAUAUAAUUCCCAAUGUCUUGGAGGCUAUGAUAUCUGGAGAGCUUGAUAUCCUCAAAGAUUGGUGCUAUGAGGCAACUUACAGUCAGCUUGCUCAUCCAAUCCAGCAAGCCAAAGCCACGGGUCUCCAGUUCCACUCCAGGAUUCUCGACAUAGACAACAUUGAUCUGGCCAUGGGAAAAAUGAUGGAGCAGGGACCAGUAUUAAUCAUCACUUUUCAAGCUCAGAUUGUGAUGGUAAUUAAGAACCAGAAAGGGGAAGUGGUAGAAGGUGACCCGGACAAGGUUCUGCGGAUGCUGCAUGUGUGGGCACUUUGCAGAGACCAGGAUGAACUCAACCCCUACGCUGCGUGGAGGCUAUUGGACAUUUCCUCGUCGAGCUCCGAGCAAGUUCUCUGAGAUGAAUUGCAUCCGAGAGCUUUCUGUCCCUCUCUCAAAGCAGUGCCAGCUCUGAACUUGCAUGAUGCACUGUGGGGGAGGGGGGCUAGAGUGGUUCUCUUUCAGAAGAAUGGGCUAUUAGGUGUGCCAUCAUUAUACUGCUCCCCAUUAUGAACUGGACAAGUCUGACGUAUCUGCCUUACGCUUUGCUGUGUAACGAUUUGCACUGUGAGGAUGUAUGGUAGAUUGUAACUCAAUGGUCUAACAUACUUGCAGCUGUUGUUGGCUCCUGUUUAAAUGGUGGGUGAAGGAGGAUGUUUGGGUCCUGUACAUUGACCAGUGCUUCCAAUGAUGGGCAGAGGUGGAUACUGAUGAGCAGCACAGUGAGAUGUGACAGGUCCAGCUUCAAUAUGCUGUCAUCCUCUGAUGGCCUUACAUCAUCUCUGAGAAGAGCUUUGAGGUGCUAUUAAGGCACAUUGGUCUCAUUCCAGCAGAAGCCAAGACGCCUUCUGUUGCUGCAAUGUCUUCACCAAACCAAAUACAAUCACGUCUUUGCACAUGACUCUGUUGGAGUGGAACUGACUGAGGAUGGAGAUCCUUAGAAAUAUAUGUCAAUAUACGUCCACAGCUUUGCAGGGGGAGUGUUGUUUCUGGUUUUUGUUCUAUUGCGUUAGUGGGUGCUGCUAAAUGGUACAUGGCUGCAUUUCUCUGUGGGCUGAGCUUGUGAGGUGGAGGAAACAGACACUCCAAAUGGCUGCAGGGAACUGGGCAUAGCGCUGAAACGGCAACCAGGAAUAGGGUUGGACUGAACAGCGAGAAAUGAGUAAGUAAACUGCAGUAGCAAGUA